GUUAUGGGUCACAAGAAGAAGCAGGAGCUGAAGCCAUGGUGCUGGUAUUGUAAUAGAGAUUUUGAUGAUGACAAGAUCCUUAUACAGCACCAAAAAGCAAAGCAUUUUAAAUGUCACAUAUGUCAUAAGAAACUGUAUACAGGACCUGGCUUAGCUAUUCAUUGCAUGCAGGUGCAUAAAGAGACAACAGAUGCAGUACCAAAUGCAAUACCUGGGAGAACAGACAUAGAGUUGGAAAUAUAUGGUAUGGAAAGUAUUCCAAAAAAAGACACGGAUGAAAGAAGACGACUUCUUGAACAGAAAACACAAGCAGAGAGUCAAAAACAGAAGCAACCAGAGGAUUAUGAUGAAUAUGAUGAUGAUGACUCUGCAGCUUCAACUUCAUUUCAACCACAGCCUGUUCAACCUCAACAAGGUUAUAUCCCCCCGAUGGCACAACCAGGACUACCACCAGUUCCAGGAGCACCGGGAAUGCCACCUGGAAAUCCAAUGGGUGGAAUGAUGCCACCUGGACCGGGAAUACCACCUCUGAUGCCUGGUAUGCCACCAGGUACGCCCCCUCCUGUUCCAUGUCCUGGAAUUCCUCCAAUGACUCAAGCACAGGCUGUUUCAGCGCCAGAUAUUCUUUACAGACCACCUACACCAACAGCAACAGUUCCAGCUCCACAGCCUCCAGUUACUAAGCCUCUUUUCCCCAGUGUGAGACAGGCUCAGGCAGCUGUCCAAGGGCCUGUUGGUACAGAUUUCAAGCCCUUAAAUAGUACCCCUGCAACAACUACAGAACCCCCAAAGCCUACAUUCCCUGCAUAUACACAGUCUACAGCUUCAACCACUAGUACAACAAAUAGCACUGCAGCUAAACCAGCAGCUUCAAUAACAAGUAAGCCUGCUACACUUAUGACGACCAGUGCAACCAGUAAGUUGAUCCAUCCAGAUGAGGAUAUAUUGCUGGAAGAGAGAAGAGCACAGUUACCUAAAUAUCAAUGUAAUCUUCCUUGACCAGGAGAGGCUCCCAUUGGUAAUCCACCCAUUGGACCAAUUGGAGGUAUGAGGCCACCACAGACAGGCAUCCCACAGCAACAAGGAAUGAGACCCCCAAUGCCACCUCAUGGUCAGUAUGGUGGUCAUCAUCAAGGCAUGCCAGGUUAUCUUCCUGGUGCUAUGCUGCCGUAUGGGCAGGGACUGCCAAUGGUGCCCCCUUACCAAGGUGGGUCUCCUCAACCUCCAAUAGGAAUGAGACCUCCUGUAAUGUUGCCAAGUGGCUGUUACUGA